AUGAACUCGGAGAUCAACUCGGCCACUGUGGGGCCCUCAUCCAACUUUACGACGGUGUCAACCAGAAAGGAGACCACAUCCUCCGGAGAAGAGAUCACCACUGUGACGACCACCACCGUGAGUACCAUGAAGUCGAGUGCCAGUAGCAGCACGACGUCGACUAACACUGCGACCGAAGGAAGCGCAGGUCACGUCUCGGAGACUACGAUGACCACAACGGAGGGUGAUAACGGAGCAUCGCCAGUGACAACGGUAGGCACAAAAAGUGGAGUGAACACCACCCGGACGUCUACGACUAGAGAUGCAGUCACGGGCAUCACGACUGUGACAACCACUACCGAUACAGACUCGGAUAUGAACGGAUCUGCCAGUAGAUCGACCACUGAGGUCACCACGUCGGGGUCGAGUACAGCAGAAGCCACCAGUGAAAGAUCUGCAACUUCAACAAUCACAAGUACCAGUAGCACCACUGGAGCUAGCACUUCAAAUUCUGUCAGUUCGACGACGAACAGCAAGAUAGCAACCGGAUCUGCCAACUCUGCGAACGCGAUUCUUACGUCUGGAUCGACGAAUUACAAUUCUGCCACCGCUUCAUCUAGCACUAGCACGUCAACAACCACCAACUCCUUGACUGGAUCCACUUACGGGGAUGCAACUGCAAACGGGUCAAAGGGGUCCGCUACGAGUGAGGAAUCUGCUACAAGUAGCCAAGCUUCAUCGCUAACAUCGUCGGAAGCUUCGACGUACUCUGCCAUGAAUUCGCUGAGCGGUUCUGACUCCUUGACAGAUACCAGUUCCAACUCCUCGUUUCUGACGAGUUGGUUCACUAAAACCUUCCGUGACGAGGAAACACAGCUUGUCGUUGGCGCCAUCACCUCAACCACAACGACAGAUAUAUCGCAGGUGUGUGAUGGUCUCCCUGCGCUGGUGACUCGCUCUAGUACGGAGACACCAAAUGGAGGAUGUCCAGACGAACUCACGGCCCUCAAUGCGUCUUGCACAUGCAUCACGGGAUACAGCGAGACGGCUUCCACAUGGUCUUUUCACGUCACUGCGGAGUCGUGGAACUCGACCACGACUACGACAACGCGUUCUCUGACCCAGAUAUCUUCAGAUGAGUUGGCAGUCAACACUAUCAGGUCGAUCUGGGUCUCGUCGAGCUUAGAGACGCUGGAAAUUGAAGGUGCUGGCGAAACCCCAGCUGAAAUCACGUUCAUCAACGAGGAUCGUGAGGAUUCGGGAUCCUCUUUGACGUUGGUGCGGUCGGAGAGCAACUCUACCAACAUCUCGACGCUCUCGAUCUACAACGUGGAUUUAAACUCUGUAGCGGAGACGAACUCACACUUCGUCCCCGCAUCGGUGACGACUCUGACCUUGCGGAAUUGCAACAUCUCGACGCUCAGCCACGCCUUCACACGAGAAUGGAGCUGGCUCCAGUACCUCGACUUAUCCUCGAACAACAUCGACACCGAGUAUAUUGGAGGUGCUUAUCUAAAAGAGCUCAAUCUAUCACACAACGCGCUCGCUGUGUUCCCUACUGGAUCUCUCAACACGAGUGGGUUGGAGGCACUGUACAUCCAGGGCAACAACAUCAAGAACUUCAACGUGAGUCAGGAUCAAUUCGAGCAGAUCCAAGGACUAACAGCCUUCUCGGCGGACAAACCAGACUCCUCAUCUACUUGCGAGGACGGUGCGUGGCAAUCUGCACAUGGAACAACAUUCUGUGUGCUUGGUGCUUCCACAGCUGCAGUACCAGAUUCUUCGCGAUCGUCGAGUUCAAGCAGCGAUGAUGACAAUGGUCUUGGAUUGCUGGGCUAUUGGCUCAUUGCCGGUGCCAUCAUUGUCUUCUUCCUACUUUUACUAGUAAUUUGGCAGCGUCGCCGUCAAAACGAAGAGCGUGCAAGUAGCCCAAUUGUAUCGCCCGAUGCUGUUGAGGCGAAUACUCCGAAGGUAAAUGCCAACGCAGCCUUUGGUGACGCACUAAACCAUGACAACACGGAUGUGGUUGUCCCCCCUGCUGCUACUGGUGCUGCCGGUGCUGCAGCUUACCCCGGUUACGGUCGUUCUCACGGUAACAGCGUCGAUAGCGAGGACACAGCACUGGGCGCCAGUCUCACAAACAACCAAGUCCUUGCUUCAUGCCGACUGGACUAUGACGAGGUGACUCUAGGACGAUGCAUUAGUCGCGGUGGCUUCGGUCUUGUAUUCGUUGGCAGCUAUAAGGGACGACAAGUGGCCGUGAAGAAGAUCCGCAAUGAGCGUGGGGUUGAGCGUGAACAAGUGGAGCAAUUCGUCGGCGAAAUUUCGCUCAUUUCGGGACUCAAUCACCCCCGUAUUGUGGAGUUCAUCGGUGCGUGCUGGACUACACCAGCCGAGCUCUCAGCAGUGACGGAGAUGAUGGAACGAGGCGACCUGCGCGAUGUUACUCGACGAUUUAAACGCCGUGGCUAUCGUCUCACCUGGGAGACGCACAAGACUGUUAUCGCGCUGCACAUUGCUGAGGCUUUAACGUACUUGCACGGACAGAACCCCACAGUUAUUCACCGCGAUCUGAAGGCUAAGAACGUACUGCUUAACGCCGACAUGGAAGCCAAACUAAGUGACUUUGGUAUCGCACGGAAGCGCACCUUGUACGAUGGCAGCGAACACAUGACAGUGGGCAUCGGCACGUCGUUCUGGAUCGCCCCCGAGGUGCUUCUUGGUCGUGACUAUGACGAGCGCGCUGACAUCUACUCGUUCGGCGUCGUCCUCUCUGAAAUCGACACGGACGACUACCCAUACUGGAACGCGCAGCACCCACCGCAGGGUAAAGCACAGGAGAACGAGAUUCUUCGUCUCGUAGCUCGUGGUGCCAAGCGUCCAGCCUUCUCGGACGACUGUCCGCCAGCGAUCUUGGAACUGGCUGCGCGUUGUCUCCGCGCUGACCCUGAAGAGCGUCCCAGUGCCUCUGAAAUCGUGGUGUAUCUGCAACAACUGGUGGUUGAUCGCACCUCCAGCGCCUCCUUUUCGUCGAUAAUGCGACCUGUUCAGUCACUCGACUUCGUCACGAACUUCAGUACGUCAACGAGCACAGCACCGGCUAAUACCAUCGUGAACUUGAGCUCUUCAGAGCAAAGCCAAGCGAUGUCGGUAGCUUCAUCGACUGCAGCAACGAACGCCUCUGGAAAGAGUACGAAGACGACGACAACCACAACAACUACGAAAGUUAUCCCACCAGGUCAAGCCCUUACUGCGUCGCACGAAGUGGUGACGUCUUCACCUCAUGUAACACAAAAGGUGGUUCGCGCUAAUAUUCCCAAGGGCACACGAACCACGACGACCACAACGACCACGUGGCGAGCCAAGCGCAGUACCGGUAGUAGCUCCAGUAUCGGCAUGGCUGUGGGUAGCUCGGAUGGAGGUAGCAGUGGACUCAUCUUUGGUACUUUGUCGAGUAGAACUCAUUCCGGACUCGGACCCACGUCACCUUCCAGCCUUCGUGACAACCUGGCUGAGUUGGAUCAUUUAAACCAGCAGCGACAGCUGAGCUCUUCAAGUGCACAAGAAGCGACAAGAUCUUCGGCACAAGCUGUCGGCAAUGACCACCGAGAGGAUAAGUGGGUUGUAUAUGAGGAUGUCAAAGAACUGUAGAUCUGCUCUAAAUAAAUUGUGCGGU